AUACAAUCUAUAACAAAAUGGAUCAAAAUCAUAAUAUAACAUUAGAAGAAUGUCAUUAGUAUCUAUUAAAUUAAUUAACUCCUUAUUAAGAAAGAAUAUAAAAUCUUGAAUAAAACAAUUAAUAAAAAGAUACUUAAAUAGAAAAAUUAUAAUUAGCAUUAGAAAAAAUGACUGAAUUAGUAAACAGUUUAAAAAUUGAAUAAACCGAAAAAAAAAAUCACUAAAAUAAUAAUCUUCAUACUAAUGGUCGUCCUUAAACAUCAAUAGAUCACACAAAAAAACCAUAAAUCGUAGAUGAACAUCAAAAAAAUGUAAAAGCGGUAAAUGAUAAAUAGGGAGAAGAUGAUAAGAGUAAAACAAAAAAACAAGCGCAGAAGCAAAAUAAUAAUCAACAAAUUAAACGAAAGUUUCUUAAUAAGAUAAGAAAGAAAGACCAUAGACUGCAGUUCCUAAAACCUAAUAAGUAAAAUAAGAAAAUGGAGUUAAAAAGGAAUAAGGCGAAGUUUUACCGGCAGUAUCGAAAAAUAAAGUUACCAAUAAAAUUUCAUAAAGUAUGAUUGAAAAAGGAUAAAGUGAAAAAAAUAAUGAAAAGUAAAAUAAUGUUGAGAAAAAAAAUGCAGUUUAAAAAGAUAAAAAAGAUGUUAAAAAAGAUUCUAAAAAUAAUGUUAAGGAUAAUAAUGUGAAAAAAAUAAAUGAAACAGAGAAAAAA